UCCAUGACUGAUCCGCUUUGGGGCGUUAACGUCACUGGCAAGUCUCCACACUUUCUUUCCAAGCUUGUUCAUCAUCGCAUCUUCGUACUCGUACCAGUUCCGCACAGAAGACGUAUGUACGUACCUAGGUGCUCAGCCACAAUUGAUUGACCACGGAACAUCGGAGCACACAUACUGCUUACAGUAUACCAUACAUCAUCCCCUUACAAUCCGCCGUGUACAGAAUAUUCAUUAGGGAUUGACACAUUGCGGGAAAAAUCACCCCCCACCAGCAAAGCAUGGCCUCCGCCCAGGCUGUUCCAGUUGAUGAAGGUGCCAACUUGGAGUAUGCAAAACACAUCAGAUACUGGCGCCGAAAUUUGAAGACGUUUCUCCCUCAUCACUACACCGGCAAUGAUUCCAUGCGCAUGACUCUUGCUUUCUUUAUCCUUUCUGCUGAAGACAUUCUUGGCGACUUGGACGGAGCACUGUCACCAGAAGAACGAGAAGGCUUUAUUGAAUGGGUGUAUGCGUGCCAGCUUCCCAACGGGUGUUUUCGACCGUCUCCCGCGACCGACUUUGGCUCUUCGCGGAAUGAUGAUAAUGCCAUCUGGGAUCCAGCUCACGUGCCAGGCACGUUCUUUGCGCUCCUGAUCCUGAUCUUACUUGGAGAUGAUCUGGCACAAGUGAAGAGGCCCGAGAUUCUCGCCUGGCUCACUAAGCUGCAGAGGCCAGACGGCAGUUUUGGGGAGACGAUUGGAGUAAAUGGACGAAUUGAGGGUGGUAAUGACACCAGAUUCGGUUAUAUGGUAACAGGAAUCAGAUGGAUAUUGAGGGGCACGGUGGAGGGUCCCAUAGACGGGAUCCCAGAUAUCAACGUCGACCAGUUUGUAAGAUGCAUACAAGCGUCAGAAACUUACGAUGGAGGCAUCAGCGAAGCAGCCUUCCACGAGGCACAUGCCGGGUUUGCCUCCUGCGCAAUAAAUGCUCUCUACCUUGUAGAUCGCCUACCUCUCGCAGCCCAUCAGACCCCGGACAAUAAGAUCCGCGGAUUAACGAACCUACCCCAGACGUUGCAUUGGCUCGCUGCUCGACAAACAUUGACCAUCGACGAAGAAGAUGCGUUCGACACACGGGGGGACGAAACCGACUCGGCUGCUACCUGUCACGAUGCACACUCCUUCGUUAAACUCAAGAGCUACCCUUCAGCGACAGGCGAACAAGCAGUCCGUACACAGCCAACCUCUCACUUCGAGCUGCAAUGGAUUGGUGUCAACGGGCGAUGUAACAAGAUUGGUGAUACGUGCUAUGCUUAUUGGGUAGGCGCGCCUUUGAAAGUUCUCGGACACCUCGAUCUUCUAGACAAGAAAGCAAUUCGGCGCUGGCUGCUCGACAAAACCCAACAUAUAGUGGGAGGAUUUGGAAAGGUACCUGGAGCACCUCCAGACAUCUACCAUGCAUAUCUUGGUCUUGUGAUCCUGGCAAUCUUUGGUGAAGCCGGUCUUAAGAAUGUAGAUGCAGCUCUUUGUAUAAGCAACAGAGCCAUUCGACAUCUAGAAUCCCUUGCUUGGAGAAAAAGUAUUGUGGGUUGAAAGCGGGACUUUCCUUUACAUCUAGACAUAAAGCAUUCUUCAGCUAGCGAAUUGGUAGACUAUAUGGAGGGAGAUGGCCUUUCCAACUUCUCGAUCAACCUUCCAAAUCCUGAAUUCCGCUA